ACCGAGUUACAGUUCAUAUAAGGAUAUCAGUCAAUUGAAAUAAAUUCAUUAGGCCCUAAUCUAUGGAUUUCACAUGACUGGGCAGAGGCCCACUUGCGAGCCAGGCCUAGCCAAUCAGAAUGAGUUUUUCCCCAUAAAAAGGGCUUUAUUAUGGACAGAAAUACUCCUCAGUUUCAUCGGCUGGCUGGUCUCAGACGAUCCCGCAGGUGAAGAAGCCGGAUGUGUAUGUCCUGGGCUGGCGUGGUUACACGUGGUCUGCAAUUGUCUAAAAACCUGUUUUUGCUUUGUCACCAUGGGGUAUUGUGUGUAGAUUGAUGAGGGAUUUGUUUUUUUAAACCAAUUUAAGAAUAAGGCUGUAACCUAGCCUAAUGUGGAAAAAGUCAAAGGUUCUGAAUACUUUCUGAAGGCACUGUAUUUAGUAGGCCUAUACUAAAUACAUGCUGAUUGCUACAAUCCUGGAAAAAAAGUAGUUUGUAAUUUUAAGCAGAAUAUUGAUCUCGUGUUUUUUGUGCACCUAUGCAGAAAUAAAAUGUUAUUGACAUAUCAAACGUCAACCCUCCAUAUGCACACCCACACAUUGCUCUGUGUCAGGAGGAUGUCAGAGCCUUUGGCGUCACAGGUUCUAGAGACAUAAAAACCAGUCCUCAUUCAGUGAGCCUCUGUCUUGUUUCUAUCUACCCUUUGGACACAUCUGCGUAAAUGGAAUAGUCGCCUUGAGCAACAGAGCAGAGGAGUGAGACGUAUUCUCUUUCAAUAAGCCUACAGAGCCAUACAGACAUAUACUGUAGCUCGAGAACAGCUGAUCAUGGGGAAUUGCCCCGUCAAAGUUCGAUCCAGUAUGCCAUCCCUUGAGAAUCCAACUGAACCUGCAAUGUCAGACAAUAACAGGCCCAUGGUGGUGUCCCUUUAUGACUUCCCCUCCCAAGAUCCCUCGGAAUCCAGCAUCCGCAUGGGCGAGAGGCUCACUGUGUUAUCAGAUGAUGGGGAUUUUUGGAUGGUGCAAUCCACAACAACAGGCAAUGAGAGUUACAUCCCCAGCCACUACACUGCCAAAGUAAUAAACAGGUGGCAGUAUAAUGGCAUCAGCAGGUUAAAUGCAGAGGAGCUGCUGCUGAUGCCACACAAUUACACAGGGGCUUUCCUGAUUCGACAGAGUCAGACAAACACAAACACCUAUUCGCUCUCGGUCCUUGGGAGGACCGACUCCUCGUACAUGGGCACAGUGAAACACUACCGCAUCCGUCGCCUCCAAAACGGCUGGUUCUACAUUUCCCCCAGCCUCACCUUCUACACCCUGGGCCAAUUGGUGGAACACUACUCUGAGUCAGCAGAUGGGUUGUGCUGUUUACUGAGGGAGCCUUGCAUCAUCCAAGGCUCAAACAAUACUACUAUGACUAGACCGUACCCCAAAGCUAUCAGGAGGCCCACCCUCAACUGGAAGGACGUAGACAGCUCAUUGAUCUUCAGUAAGGGCAGAGUGGAUUCAGAGGACUCUCUGGUGAGCAAGGGGCUGAGGGAGGCCAUGAGCUCAUACCUCUACAUGACAGAGGCCAGCUGCCAGGACUGUGGCAAACACUGGGAUACCUGAUGAGAGGGAAGACUGAGAGUAAAAUAAUAAUACAUAAUACUGUCUGGUCUGCCGCUGCCCCGUCCCAAUGGUACUAGGCCAGAAAGGGUGACCUAAACAAAAGCAUAGAGGAAGUUAAAAAGAAGUAAGCCUACCAUUUACAACCACAAUGAAAACUACAAGCACAAUUCAUGUCUUGAUAGUAAAAUGUGGGUUUGGGUUCAGGUAGCCACAAGGAGCCGUGUUUCUUGGCACUUCUAAUGCUACUGGUUCUUGUUCUCAAGAGCACAUUUCACAAGGUGAAACCUAUGAUUUAUAUAUAUAUAUAUAUAUAUAUAUAUAUACACUGGAUCAAAUCAAAUCAAAUGUAUUUAUAUAGCCCUUUGUACAUCAGCUGAUAUCUCAAAGUGCUGUACAGAAACCCAGCCUAAAACCCCAAACAGCAAGCAAUGCAGGUGUAGAAGCACGGUGGUUAGGAAAAACUCCCUAGAAAGGCCAAAACCUAGGAAGAAACCUAGAGAGGAACCAGGCUAUGUGGGGUGGCCAGUCAUCUUCUGGCUGUGCCAGGUAGAGAUUAUAACAGAACAUGGACAAGAUGUUCAAAUGUUCAUAAAUGACCAGCAUGGUCAAAUAAUAAUAAGGCAGAACAGUUGAAACUGGAGCAGCAGCACGGCCAGGUGGACUGGGGACAGCAAGGAGUCAUCAUGUCAGGUAGUCCUGGGGCAUGGUCCUAGGGCUCAGGUCCUCCGAGAGAGAGAGAGAGAGAAGGAGAGAAUUAGAGAACGCACACUUAGAUUCACACAGGACACCGAAUUGGACAGGAGAAGUACUCCAGAUAUAACAAACUGACCCCAGCCCCCCGACACAUAAACUACUGCAGCAUAAAUACUGAAGGCUGAGACAGGAGACACUGUGGCCCCAUCCGAGGACACCCCCGGACAGGGCCAAACAUGAUGACUGACAGGGGGUGCAUCUCCAUCUUGUCACUCCCCCACCCUUGCAAAAAAAUAUUUUGGAAGUUAUAGAAAUGCAUGUAUUAAUGUCUACAUUCAUUUUUGCCAUAUUUAUUCCAUUACGGACACCUUAAUGCAUACUAUUAAAUUGUAUGAUGUGAGCUAAACAUUAACAUUUCAAUACAAAUAUAUAUAAAAACAUACUUUCUUAAAGUAUAACUUGUUGAACGUACUAAUGUUACUGUCCCCACUACAACAACAAAUAUUUAAAUAUGUGUAAUUGUGUCUUUGAAAUAUUUAAUUGAAAUAUUGUAGAAUUCCAUUCAUUCCUAUGGAGCAGGGUUUCUUAAACUCGUUUUUUUCUCUCUCUGUCACUACACAGCUGAUUAAAAACCCAAAGCUUGAUGAUGAGUUGGUUAUUUGAAUCAGCUGUCCAGUGCUAGGGCAAAAAAAUUAAGAAGGAAGAUCACUGAAAUACAAUAAUGUUGUAUCUGGACUAAAGGGAGAACCCAUUUGUAGUUUCAUAUGUAAUCUGUUUGUAUGAAUGAAUUGCCAUGUCUGAGUAAAUAAAGGACGUCACG